CCAUCGGCGCCGCAAGCCGAACAAACCAGAGAGACCCCAAACCCAAACCCCUCUCUCCUCUUCCCCUUCGCCUUCCUCUUCCUCCGCCCCCGCUUCCGAUCCUAGGGUUUUGCCCGCCGCGACGCGCGCACCGCAGCGCGAUGGAGCCCACCUCGUCGGCGUCGAUCGCGCGGCAGACGUGGGAGCUGGAGAACAACAUCCCCGCGGCGGCCACCGACCCGGACGCGAUGGACGCGAUCUACCGCUACGACGACGCCGCGCAGGCGCGGGCGCAGCAGGAGAAGCCCUGGGCCAACGACCCGCACCACUUCCGCCGCGCCAAGAUCUCCGCGCUCGCGCUCCUCAAGAUGGUCGUCCACGCCCGCGCGGGGGGCACCAUCGAGGUGAUGGGGCUCAUGCAGGGCAAGUGCGAGGGCGACUCCAUCAUCGUCAUGGAUGCCUUCGCGCUCCCCGUCGAGGGCACCGAGACCAGGGUCAAUGCCCAGGCCGACGCGUACGAGUACAUGGUCGAGUACUCAACCAUCAACAAGCAGGCUGGGAGACUGGAGAAUGUAGUUGGCUGGUAUCACUCACACCCUGGUUAUGGAUGCUGGUUGUCAGGCAUCGAUGUGUCAACUCAGAUGCUUAAUCAACAAUUUACAGAGCCGUUCUUGGCUGUCGUGAUAGACCCUACAAGGACUGUUUCUGCUGGUAAAGUGGAGAUUGGGGCUUUUAGGACCUACCCAAAAGAUUACAAGCCACCAGAUGAGCCUGUGUCCGAGUAUCAGACCAUUCCACUCAACAAGAUAGAAGAUUUUGGCGUCCACUGCAAACAGUACUAUUCUUUGGAUAUAACUUAUUUCAAGUCAUCCCUGGACUCUCACCUCCUUGAUCUGCUCUGGAACAAGUACUGGGUCAACACAUUAUCUUCAUCACCACUUCUGGGCAACAGGGAUUAUGUUGCUGGGCAGAUCUUUGAUUUAGCUGAUAAACUAGAGCAAGCUGAAGGUCAGCUGGCACACAGUCGAUUUGGCGGUAUGCUUAUGCCAUCACAGCGGAAGAAAGAGCAAGAGGAGUCUCCACUGGCCAAGGUAACUCGAGAUAGCUCCAAAAUCACAGCUGAACAGGUCCAUGGUCUCAUGUCACAGGUAAUAAAAGACAUCCUCUUCAACUCUGUGCACCCCUCAAGCAAGGCAAGCACAAGUGCUCCGGAUUCAUCCGGGCCUGAGCCUAUGGUUGAAGCCUAAGAGUUGCAAGAAAAUGUGACACUGAAACCUGAUCUCUGAUCGUGAGCAGGAUAGCUGUCUGAUUCAGAAUGCGCAAACUAAAUUACAUUUUGUCAAAACAGAAAUCAUUAUGUAAUUAUGAGUUGCCUUCUGUAUCUUGGGCUCUAAAUGAGAGGGAGGUGUGAUUUACUCGAGUAAAAUUCACUUGGUAGGAGGAUUGUUAUGUUCGUGCUCACGUUAAUCGGGUCAAUGGAACCUUUUGUGGAAGGUCAAAGUAUUUUUAUAACUGGCUAGCAGUAAGUUUAAGACCUGGAUUUUUGAAGCUUCA